AUGAUCAAACUCUACGCUUUUGAGUUAGAUAACGUCCUCUGGAGCGGCGUGCUGGACGCGACGCGGUAUGGCAAAGGCCGAGGAGCAUCCAAAGUCCCCGAGGACAACCUCCAGCUUCGGCUGGGUGACGAAGGGAUCGUAGAGGAUAGGAGUGUACCUAGCAAUCCUGAAAACUUCGUCAUUCUGUUCCCGGAGGUGACGCGGGUUUUUCAUGACAUCGCGAAGAACAAUCUGCAGAUUGCGAUCGUUUCGAAUAAUGGAGGCAAGAAGCUAUGCGACCGCGCGCUCUGGCUGUUCCGAGCGCCCGACAAAAACGCCUCAAGGCAAUCUCUCACGACUUUCGUGAGGUACGAUGAGAACGAUGUUGUGUCAAAAGUUGAAAUGUUCAAGAACUUGAAAACAUGGAGUGGCGUUGAUUUCGUCGACAUGGUCUUCUUUGACUUAGAUUGCGCUGAAAGCCAACAAGUUCAGCAACAUCUAGGUGUUCACGUGAAAACGAUCGAUAAACGAGAUGGGUUGACAUGGACAGACUACGUAGACGCUUCUCAGGGACUCGCAGGUGGACAGCCACCACACAAGCAGCCGAAUGGGACUCCCGGAGGUCACAUCCCUAGGCGUGACGAUCCGAGACAAGAUAAACCGCCACAAGAGCUUCCGCCAUUCUAUGACAUGCCCGCACUCGGGCGUACACUAGGAUCAGGCGCUUUCUCGGACGUCUACAUGUCCAAAAGCGACCCAGAAAUCAUCGUCAAGAAGUUGAAACACUGGAGACCAGGAAUUCAGCAGCGCUUCGUCGCCAUCUACAAGGUGGUCGAGGCUGGGCGUCCGUUUACGCCCGACCCUUCCCGCGACACCAAAGACGAAGAGUACCUAUCACAGAUCGCUUUGGAGCUACGCAACCUCCGCGCUGUCGGCGAGCUGAAGGGCCCUGCUGAUCCUGAGCGCUUUUGUGGAUGGUUCAGUAUGAAAUUCGUUCGCGGAAACCCGAUUUGGGACAACGCAACGUAUUGGCGCCACCCAUUUGGUGUUCCUUUUCAGACCCUCCUUAAGCGUGCAUUUCAUCUUACUGUCGACGAGAUUGAGUACUUUGUGAAGAAACAUGGGAUGGAACAUCGAGACGCCCAUCUGGCUAACGUGAAGUUCGAAACGAAAGGCGGUACGCUUGUGAGAGCACAUGUCUUUGACUGGGGUUUUGCGGCUCGCAUGACAUGGGACGGCCGCUAUUACGUUCGCGCAAACGAUACGCUCGUCUGGAACAGCGGCGAGGCAGGAGCAAAGUAUACUCCGGACCAGUUCAGGAAGUACUGGAUUGAAUGGAUGGUGAAGACCGAGUAUGAGGCACAGAUGAGCAGGCAGGGGAUCAGUCGAGAGGACGGAAGUAAGUUCUUGGCAAACCUGGACUGGUGGUUUGAAUGGGACAAGUAA